AGUGCUGCUCUGCAGUCUCAUCUCUUCCGGAGAUGCAGCACCACGUCGUCGCAUAAUUCGCAUUCGCAUCAUACGCAUUAUUCCGGUACGCCGCGGACGUCGUGAUGUUAGUGAGCAAACCACUAUUUUGCCUGUAGGCGUGGAUUAUAGCAAACUGGCCGACGGUAAACUGAUUGCCACUAGUGAUCCUGAUACUUUAAUCUACAAACACAAUGCUGAGGAGGGAGAUGUUACGCAGUUGGAGAUUGUACGACUUUGUGAUUCGGUGCGGCAGCAAGUGAAGCAGACAACUGGCGAAGAUGUGGAUUUCGAGGUGCAAGUGCAACCGAAUGUAGAGGAAUAAGGGCAGGGCAUCAGGAAUGUGCUAAUUUAGGUUGUUAAUAUUUUUUAAUUAAAUAUACGAUAAUUUAACAAA